UCUCCCACUGCUUCUCUCUGCCAACACAACAACAGCUUACUCACAAAUCCACUCCAAUCCCUCGUACAGAAAAGCACUGCACAUAUAGAAACUUCACAAACAGGCAUAAAGAUAUAAAGAUUGUAUCUUUUCAUUCUAUCUUGAGAAAAAAAGUUCAUGAAAUAAAUGCAGAAAGAAAACAACAUCCAUCGAGACCGAGAGAGUAAGAGUGAGAGAGAGAGAGAGAGGGAUGAGGGAAGGAGUCUCUUCUGAGGAGCAUAUUUUAUCAAUUGAUUCAUGAUCAUUUUUGUUUUCUAAAAUAAAGCUGGAGCAAAGCGGAAGGUCGAAAAUGAUUGAACGAAAUUUUAAGUAAUGUUGCUUCAGAGAAUUCAGUUUGUGAGAAGAGUCCUGCUAGAGUGUUGAUCUUUGAGAUGGGUUCAAGUUACAGUUGGGGAGGAAGUCCUUUGUCCGCAUUUUUCUUGUUUUAAGCUGCCCGUAGAAGCAGUCAUGAGAAGGGGGUCUAAUUAUUUAAUGCAGAUUCUAUAAUUUCUUGCACAUCGAGUAUCAUUGCAUGAUCCUGAGUUUUGAAUCUCUUGAUUUUUGUGACAAACCCAAUCAUAAAAAUGAGCCAAGACCAGAAAUUUCAGCAGCGCUGGCAGUUCAGGAGAAGGGAGGAUGACUUUGAUUCUUCAAGCAAUGAUUCCAAAUCAAGUUCCAGUGGCGAGCCGGUUCUCAAGAAGCAUAAGCUGGUUUCCAAUUUGAUUUUGCCUGAAAAUAAUGAAAACAUCAAUAUUCCAAGAUCUCGACAGAAAGAUCUACUAGAUCCUGGUAUGGGUGCUCAUUUCGAGUUUGGGAAAGCUAACAAGAUGCAUAUUGGGUCAAGCAAUAAAAGUGAGGGUGUAAAGAAUAAGACAAAAAGGAAUUCUACAAAAGAAGGCAAUAAAAAGAAGAGAAAGCAAAGUCAUGAGCCUGAUUCAAUGGAUGACUUUAAAGUUUUCAUGGAGUCCAUAUUAGAGGAGCUUAAAGUUGCAAGAGAAAGCAUGUUUGCACGGAUGAGAGAGGAGAUGAAAAAAUUGAUUCCCAUUGAGUCAGCCUCUAGGCCAACAAUUGAAGAAGCUGGUUGUGUGCGGAAGUUGGGGUUGCAGCAACAGAACAGCAUCGAAUCAGGCAUGAAAACUCAGAAAUGCAAUGUUGGAUCCUUAGACAGGUCUGGAAGGAGCAAUGUGACUGCUGCUUCAAAUAACUGUCCCAAUGUCCUUGAAAAGCAAGUUAACCAUGCCCAAGCCACUGGAACUACUACGCCAAAUGAAAAGGACCAAGGGGAAGAGCGGAGUUUAUCUGUUAAGAAACCCAUAUAUUCCUUUCAUCAGUCUGAUCAGUUAGUUUCUUCUUCAUAUUUGACUUUACCCUCUGUCCUAUCAGAAGCCCAAAUAGAAAACCAAAGGAAUGAUUCUUCUUCAAGAAAUUAUAGUCAGCCUGGAGUGGCUGGGAAUGAUACAAGCAUGAAUUCAGAAAGAGCAAAUUUGAUAACGGAUGCGAAUGCUCAUCAUGGACACUUCUCGGGCAUCCAACAAGAUGAACAAUUUGGAAAUUUUGCUCAAAUUGGAUCCAGAAGCAUGGGUUAUUUUGACCAUCAGGUCACUGGAACGUCUGGUAUCGAUACUGGGUUCCCGAUUCCACUUCAUCAAGGGAGGGAGAAUAGUUUCAACAUUCCAAGUCAAGUUGUUCUGGACAAUUCAUUCCGAGGCAAUAACAUUUUGGGUUUGAGGACGAAUAAAGGAUCCAUGAGAUUCUCUGGGGCAAGUCAUUCUUUACCAGAGCACUUUGUUGCCAAUAAUCUACGCGGCCAUAUGAAGUAGAACACUGAUGGGUGGAAUCAAGGCAUUUGGAGGCCAAUAUUCCAAAGAUGAUCAUCCUUUCCCAAACUAGCUGGAGGAAUACUGGUGGAUAGGAAUUCGACUUUUUAACAAUUCUCUCUGCGAAAAUGGAGCUGGUUAUGCCUUUCCUAUUCAGUCUUUCCAUAAAGGGAAUGACUUCCUAAGGCCGAGUCAGACACCUGCUUCCUCGUUUUUCCUUGUUUUGACUGAAACUGAGCUAUUUGAUUCAAGAAUUUGUUGCUGAUCCACUACAUAAUAGAGUGAAAAAAAAACUAAAAUUUGGAGUUUCUCGGCUAAUUUGGUUUGAAAGGUAUGCAGAAAAAUACACAAUUGGCUGUUCUAUGUUUUACCGGCUAACCCAUAUUGUCUGUCAGCAGCUUGUGUCUUGAAUUUCCAUUUGGAAAGGUUUGCUGAGAAGUAGGCAUGUUAAAUCACAUAAUCUGGCUAUAAGCUCUUUUCCAAUUUGGUUGUAUGGAAGCAAUCUUAGUGGUCUUCUCUUUCUAUGAGCUGGUACAUACCUUCAUACCACUCCACCUUGAAUAUGAUUGACAAUAAUUCACUUGAAAUUGCAUCAUAACCCCCUUACCCAUUGUAGAUAUCCUUUUUUUUUU